CAGCGCCUAAAAAGGAGUGCUCCUUUUCCCGCAGCUGAGGGCGCCGGCGGGCGGGUCCUGCGGAGCUUCUUCUCCUCCACCCGCUGCAUCCUCGUCACUCGGAGCGGACGUCAGAAGAUGGCAGGGAAGGAGAACCAGGUGACGGGUUACCUCCUCUUCUCUCUGGGCACCGCCGUCAUCGGCUCCCUGCAGUUUGGUUACAACACCGGAGUCAUCAACGCUCCGGAGCAGAAACUCCGAUCUUUCUUCAACGACACCUGGGUGGAGCGCUAUGGCGUCCCCAUCACCCCGGGGGUCUGCACCAUCGUCUGGAGCAUCUCCGUCGCCAUCUUCAGCGUGGGCGGCAUGGUGGGCUCCUUCAGCGUGGGCGUCAUGGCGAACCGCUUUGGCCGGCGUCGCUCCAUGUUCCUGGUGAACUGCCUGGCGGUGAUCGGCGGCCUCCUCAUGGGCUUCUCCACCAUCUGCUCCUCGUAUGAGAUGGUGAUUGCUGGGCGCCUGGUCAUCGGCCUGUUCUGCGGCCUCUUCACCGGCCUGACCCCCAUGUACGUGGGCGAGGUGUCGCCCACGCCCCUCCGGGGGGCCUUCGGCACCCUCCACCAGCUCGGUGUGGUGGUGGGCAUCCUGAUUGCUCAGAUCUUUGGUCUGGAGGCUCUGCUGGGCUCAGCCAAGCUGUGGCCCCUGCUGCUGGCCCUCACCGUGGCCCCCGCUGUGCUGCAGUGCAUCCUGCUGCCCUUCUGUCCGGAGAGCCCCCGCUUCCUGCUCAUCAACCUGAAACAGGAGGAGCAGGCCCGCAAAGUGCUGGUGCGCCUGCGCGGCAGCGAGGACGUCAGUAAAGACAUGCAAGAGAUGAAGGAGGAGAGCGCCAAGAUGGCCAUGGAGAAGAAGGUGACCAUCCCCGAGCUCUUCCGCUCGCCGCUGUACCGCCAGCCGCUCCUCAUCGCCGUGAUGCUGCAGCUCUCACAGCAGCUGUCAGGGAUCAACGCUGUGUUCUACUACUCCACGGGCAUCUUCGAGUCGGCCGGAGUGAAGCAGCCCAUCUACGCCACCAUCGGAGCCGGCAUCGUCAACACCGUCUUCACCGUGGUUUCCCUUUUCCUGGUGGAGAAGGCGGGUCGAAGGACUCUGCACCUGGUGGGAUUGGGCGGGAUGGCGAUCAGCGCGGUGCUCAUGACCGUCGCCCUGCUGCUGAAGGACAUUCCCGUUAUGAGCUACAUGGCCAUCGUCGCCGUCAUGCUGUUCGUGGCCAUGUUUGAGAUGGGCCCCGGUCCCAUCCCGUGGUUCAUUGUGGCCGAGCUCUUCUCCCAGGGGCCCCGGCCCGCCGCCAUGGCUGUGGCCGGCUGCUGCAACUGGACGGCCAACUUCCUGGUUGGGAUGAGCUUCCCCAAAUUAGUGGAGUGGUGCGGGCCUUGGGUAUUCCUCAUCUUCGCGACCUCCCUCAUCUUGUUCUUCAUCUUCACCUACCUCAAAGUCCCAGAGACGAGGGGCAAGACCUUCGACGAGAUCGCCCGCAGCUUCGGCGGCGACCCGCUUCCCACCUCCUCGUCCGUCGAGGACCCGCCCGCCAGCGCCAGCGCCGCCACCACGCUGCCGGCCUCCCCGGUGAAGGAGAAGGUCCCGCUGGUGGAGGCGGCGCCGGCUCCCACCUCUGAAAGCACGCCGCUUCAGGAUAAGCCUGGAUCGACGGCGCGGGAGAGCGUGGAGCAGCUGUAGGACGAGUUUUAGCGGGUGGAGGCGGGGUUCUAAAAGAAGGAAGGAUCACAGAUUUUAAUAUAAACUGUAUCAUUUUAUAAUAGAACUACGGAGAACGACAGCAUUCUCAACGUGCAGGCUUUGACCUCCAAAAGGUCACGCUUUCUGCUUUGGCGGCGACUCGUCAGAGUUCUCGUGGUUCUUCCUUCUUUUGGAUCCUCCCUCACGUCACCGUGCACCACUACACAUUUAACCUACUGUACAUUCAUUCAAUUGUUCUCCAGGCAGCCGCGUCUAGUCAGGGCGACACUUUAGUACCCAAAAAACGUCGUGGGACGACCGGUACCAGCGGGGGGGGUGGGGGUUGGGUAGAUGUAGAGGAGAGCGUCCUCUGCGGUUGCGUAGGUCACGUGACACAGCACACGCGUCCUCUGCCUGGCCGUUUGUGGAGUCCAGGCGGACGUCUCCGUGUUUCUAGUGCAAUGUACCUUGGUUUCCUUUGGUGAUGUUGGAUUAUCCGUUUAGCCGUUUUUUUGGAAGCGUAAGAGGGGUUGUUACAGAUGUUUGCCCCGCCUACAGAUGUUGACUAUGAGCUUUUUGGCGGAAGGGCAGAACUUUGUCGACCUAAACGCUCUCGUCCGCUUUUGGGUUCAUGGGGGUUUAAAGUUGUAAACCUCAAGUUGAUUUGACUGUAAUCGGUUACUCCGCCCCUCAUUUCCUUGUGUUAAGUUGCAUUACACCAGUCAAAAGUUUCUCAUUGAAUUGAAUGAGAAAAUGUUUUGACUGAUUUAUUUCUUUUUCUUUAAUUGAUGUUUAACAGAGAAUUUUUAUAUUUAUUCUUUAAGUCUUGAACUCGUCAUUGGUUUCUUCUGUGGUUUAUGAAUCGGUGAAUAUAUAUUAGUGACAGAAGAUGUUGAAUCUUGUGGAUUAUUGCUUCACUGUAUUGGAGGAAUAACGCAGGCCGGGACAAGAAUGUGUCGUCUUUUUGUGGUUUUAUCCGUGUAGAUUACAGUAGGGUGACGUGCAAUAUUUUAUUUUGUCAACUAAUAGAUGAGUAUUUAUGUAUUCUUUAGAAAUUGACUUUUGUGUAAAUGAUAUAAUGAUAUAACUUACUAAAGCUAAUUAAGAAACCCGUGUGAAGCUUCUGCUGCUGAGGAUCUUCUUAAGAUGCACUUUGUUAACCAGACGAGCAGCUAAAUGAGCAUUAGAGCCACAACCAGCGAUGUAGCAGCCAAAGUAUAUCUACCUGAGAUCCAGCGUAUAUCUGCUGCUAUUAGAAUAGGAGUCGUAUAAAAUGUGCUGCAGCCUAAACACUGUAGGAGCCGAUAGCGAGAAGGGGAAACUACACGGGCGGAGCUAAUAGUGUAAUAAACAAGUUAAACGAUUCCUGACGUUAGAUUAGAAUAAAUAAUCCAGAAGAUCUACACAGCGAGAAACGGCAACUUUGAGCAAACUUGAUGGCAUUAGAUAAUGAGACCUUGAAUAACUGGCAUGAGAUGUCUGAAGCACCUUGGAACAGAUUAAAUCAGAGUUGAUCUUUGGUGGGAAGGACGGUUCUGCCUUCUCGUCAAAAUGAUGAAAUCCAUUUUUCUUGAAAAGGAAAAAAUCCUUUGGUGUGAGAUUGUUGUCUCGUUCUGUGUGUUUCAGAAUGCUGACGAUACACUGAAAGCAGCUUUUUACGACAUUGUGACAACAUAUAAUAAUUAUACGUGCCAACGUGGAAAUAUUUCCAGCAUUUUCCGAUUCAAUGGGAUCAUUUGAGGUAUUGAAUCUAUUUAGAAAGUUUCUCAUUGAGGCAUGUUGUUUCUAUUUCCAUGCAUCAGCAGCACUGUGCGCCGUGUUUGUGAGUGUGUAACACAAAGUAGGUGUUCUCUAUCGUGACACCAGUGAUUCAUGCUGCACUUUGACAACAUGUUUAUUUAUUCAUGUUUUGGGAAGAUAUUUAAGGUGUUUACUCUCUCUUCCCCUUUUUUAAACUCUGACAGUUUGAGACGGCGUGUCCGACACCGGGAAGCCGUCGCACCAACAACUAAAUGAUUUCUCCAAACAAAACAAACACUGCCCAUUAACGAGUGAGUUCGAUGACGUCGCAGCCAACAAAUAAUCACAAAACAAGUGGCCGACUCAAAGAUUCACACAUGUACGACACCUGGACCCGGAUCCAGACCAUAGACAUCUACUGUAUGCAUACAGAGAUAGGAGAGAAUUCACUUGUAAAUAUAUAUUUUAAGAGAAAAGUAUUUAUCCGUUGACCUGUUGAGUCAUACGUGUGUGUGUGUGUGUGUGUGUGUGUGUGUUUGUUAUUUUUCCUUUGGGGCACAUGUGUUUAUUGUGUAGAAGGUGGGGGGAUUCGGGGAACAUCUCUGCUCAUUUUGCUGUUUUUCCUUCACUCACAAUUUAUCCGUGUGCCUGAUCAGAAGAUGGGUUCAUUUCUGUCUUGUUUUUAUGGGCCUUGUUGUCGUCCUUUUAUCAGUGUUUAGAGCCAAAGAGUGAACCUCAUAGCCGGUGAAUGUUACAGGCUCACAACUCGACUGAUUAACCUUCACCUCUGAGAUGUGUCUCUGCCUUUUCCCUUCAAACCAAGUCUGAUUCAAUCUGCAAUACACGUGCACACUUCUGCAUCUGGACCCGUCUACUGUCAGCACGCCGUGAUUGUUGUAUUGUUGUUGUUGUUGUUUGUUGGGUCCUGACCAGUGUGUUCCAGGUUGUGUACAUAAGUAUUUGGCUGUUCGUACCUCUCUGCAGCUCACGCUUUCACAGACGGACCCGUCAUGUGAUCUUUGACACAAACCGGCGUGUUCUGAGAUGAGGGGGAUCCACCGGGUUUAUUCAAGCUCUCUGAAACUGUUUCACCUGUUUGUGUUGUGUAUAUAUAUACCGGAUCUACGGUUGUUCAAUAAAAUAUUCAUCAUCCCA